AGAACUGCCUUACAUAAUAUGGACAGAGAAGCCAGAGAACACUAUUCAGUGGUCAUUCAAGCCAAAGACAUGGCUGGGCAAGUUGGAGGACUCUCAGGAUCGACAACGGUCAACAUCACCCUGACUGAUGUCAAUGACAACCCCCCACGGUUUCCUCAAAAGCACUAUCAGCUGUAUGUUCCUGAGUCAGCUCAAGUUGGGUCAGCUGUUGGGAAAAUAAAGGCAAAUGAUGCAGACACUGGUUCAAAUGCUGACAUGACCUACUCCAUCAUUAAUGGUGAUGGUAUUGGGAUAUUCUCCAUCUCCACUGACAAAGAGACCAGAGAAGGGAUCCUUUCUUUAAAGAAGCCACUGAACUAUGAGAAAAAGAAGUCAUAUACUCUCACCAUAGAAGGAGCAAAUACACACCUUGAUUUUCGCUUUUCUCACUUGGGUCCUUUUAAAGAUGCUACCAUGCUGAAGAUCAUCGUUGGGGAUGUAGAUGAACCACCACUGUUUUCCAUGCCUUCUUAUGUCAUGGAAGUCUAUGAAAACGCCAAGAUCGGGACUGUUGUUGGCACGGUUUUGGCACAAGAUCCUGACAGCGCUAAUAGCUUAGUAAGAUACUUCAUUGACCACAGUGGCGAAGAUGACAGAGUUUUCAACAUCGAUGCCAAUUCUGGAACCAUCAGAACCACAAAGGUUCUUGAUAGAGAAGAAACCCCAUGGUACAACAUCACAGUUGCUGCUUCAGAAAAUGACAAUCCUGGUUUGCUGAGCCAUGUGACAGUGGGUAUUAGAGUUCUGGAUGUCAAUGACAAUCCACCUGAACUUGCCAGGGAAUAUGAUAUUGUUGUCUGUGAAAAUUCAAAGCCUGGCCAGGUUAUUCAUACCAUCAGUGCUACUGAUAAAGAUGAUUUUGCAAAUGGACCAAGGUUUAACUUCUUUCUUGAUGAACGCCUGUCUAUAAACCCAAACUUCACUCUGAAGGACAAUGAAGAUAACACAGCCAGCAUUCUGACAAGGCGGAGGAGAUUUAGUCGAACUAUUCAGGAUGUGUAUUAUCUCCCCAUUAUGAUCUCUGAUGGUGGAAUCCCCUCUCUCAGCAGCAGCAGUACCCUCACCGUCAGGGUUUGUGCAUGCGAGAGAGAUGGGCGCGUGCGGACCUGCCAUGCGGAAGCGUUCCUGUCCUCGGCUGGCUUGAGUACAGGAGCCUUAAUCGCUAUUCUGCUGUGUGUUGUCAUUCUCCUAGCAAUUGUAGUCCUUUUUAUCACCCUGAGACGCAGCAAAAAAGAGCCCCUGAUCAUUUCAGAGGAGGACGUGCGAGAGAAUGUGGUCACCUAUGAUGACGAGGGGGGCGGGGAGGAAGACACCGAGGCCUUUGACAUCACAGCCUUGAGGAAUCCUUCUGCCGCCGAGGAGCUCAAGUAUCGGAGAGAUAUUCGACCCGAAGUGAAACUCACCCCCAGACACCAGACAUUGUCCACCCUAGAAAGUAUAGAUGUUCAGGAAUUUAUUAAGCAAAAACUGGCAGAAGCCGACCUAGACCCCAGCGUCCCCCCUUAUGACUCUCUUCAGACUUAUGCCUACGAAGGUCAGAGAUCAGAGGCUGGUUCCAUCAGCUCACUGGAUUCAGCAACCACACAGUCAGACCAGGAUUAUCACUACCUUGGAGACUGGGGACCCGAAUUUAAAAAGUUAGCCGAACUCUAUGGAGAAAUAGAAUCUGAAAGAACAACUUAGGGGGCUAAUUCUGGCAAACCUUCUAGAAUUUGCUUCCUGAGCAAGUGGAGAUAUAACCUCAGCAAUGGCAAGGAAGACACAUGGAAACAGUACUUGGAACUGAGCAAGCUGGCCACAGCUACUGUAGAAACAAGUGCCCUUUUCAUGAUCGAAACGGGGUCAUUUAAUCAGAAGAGAGUCAAAUUAAAAAAAAAUAUAUACAGAG